CCACUUGACAUGAUGUUGUCGGAGCUGAGAACCACGGCAAAGAUGAAGAUGUUGACGAUGACGAUGAUGAUGAUGAUGAUGAUGUUGUCAGGCGCACUGCAGCAGUCGCACGCCUGUGACGACCUUUACAAGCCCCUCCCCACCAAGGACCUCAAUCAGGUAUUCGGGGAGUGGCGUCUGCUUUGGGGAGCCGCCGAGUGGAUGACGAUUUCCGAUCUCGCCAAUUCCGCCGUCAGUCUCCACCCCAAAAGUGACCUCCUCAUCCACCUCUUGGAGAGGAACAAGUACCGUGACAAUACGUGUGUGAGCUACUCGUUGAACUUGACCGCACCGGCGGACCCCACAAGCGAGGGCCCCCUCGUCAUGCAGGCCGUCGUCGACCGGGUGGUGAGCAACGGUUCGCUGCUGGCCUUCAACAUCUCCUUCACGCUGCAUUUCUACGAGAGAUCGCCCGACGCCAUGUUGAUGUUUGUCCAAGCUGGCGAAUUGGGCCGCUUCCUACUCAGCUACACCAGGGCCGGGCAUGAGGUGGACAUGGAGCAGCUGAAAUCUGAACAGGAAAAGCUGCUGAAAAUGGUGGAGUGUCUGUCCUUCGUCUCCAAGCCACCAUUCAUCUACGACGACGCCGCCGCAGGCGCCAAGCAGCAAAGAUGCGUCAUCAUCAUUGCCAGCGCCAGCGGAAGGAGGGCGAAGCGAGAUCGGCGCGCGCAAAAGAGCCCGCUGAUCAAACGCAGCCAUCCCGUCCGGUCGGGUCGUCCGAUGACUAUUACGCAUUGAA